AAAAUUCGCCCCCCAAAAUUCCCCCUCUAAAAGUUUCCCCCAAAAUUUUCUAAAAAUUCAGAAGGCAGUAACAUGAUGCUCAUCUGUCUACCUCUUUCCAAAAGUACUGAAAAAAUUUUCCCCAUCCCCAAUUCGUUUUCCUCCCCCAUAGUUUCGUUGAACUCGGCUUCCGCGCUGCUUCUAUUACCGAAGCAACACCACUAUUGUAUCCUGGGUUGACUGGUAUGGUGUUCUCUUUCUUUUGUUUGGAUGAUUCGCUGCUAUUUUCUCACUUCAUACUUCGUCUUUUUAAUUUUUUUCUUUUGAUUUGAUAUUAAUAUACCCGAACAGCUAAACUUUACUCGAGAUCGAUAAUCUUCUGUUGUUCGAGAUGAGCGGUAAGAUCUCUUCUUGCGAUUGCACAGUCAUGACGAUGAGAGUUUUAUGAGAAAAUUUGUUUUUCUCAGUUCAGUUGUUAACGUUGACUCCUAAAACCCUAGACAUCGAAGAAAUUUGUGAAUUUUUCGUUCUUGCUUAGGAUUCAGCGGGCAAUAAAUUGUGAUUAUAUUAUCUUUACCAAUACUAAUCUAGAAAUCACUAUUUUUCUUCUAACAUUGUGUCAUUUUUUGCUAUGAAAUAUUAACCAAUCAUAAAAAAUUUCUGGUGUGCAUUUGUUAAUUAUGCUAAUUAAGCACAGGGGAAAACUAACAGAGUUAUAAAUUCUUAUUAAGCUAUAAGGAAUAUCUGUGUUUAUCUCUAUUAUCUUCUGAAUGUUAAAUUUUACAUUUCAACACAUGCUUCAUUGUCACGAGAGGUCUUGUUUAUGGUAAAAUUGGAUACAGACCUUCAAGAAUCUCCUACAACCGAACUGCUGGGCAUUGUACAUUUUACUGUAUUGUUGUUGUAAAUGGGUGAAGGAGAAGAGAAAUGGUGUGUGGUGACUGGUGGAAGAGGCUUUGCUGCUCGGCAUUUAGUGGAAAUGCUGAUUCGUUAUGAAAUCCAUCAUGUCCGCAUUGCUGAUUUGGGUCCAUCCAUUAAACUUGAGCCUGCUGAGGAAAAAGCUUGUGAAGGAGCUGAGGUUGUCUUCCACAUGGCUGCUCCAGAUUCAUCAAUCAACAACCACCAGCUCCACUAUUCAGUUAAUGUGCAAGGAGGGCCUUAGGAGGACAAUUGAGUCCUAUCCACAUUUGAGAGCUGAACUAGUGCCAGGAAAGAAAGGUCCUUCUAAGUCAUCUGCAUCUCUUUGGAUGUUCUUCCUCAUGGUAAUUUCUAUUUCAUAAUAUCCAUUUCUUGUGAGAGCAAAACUGUGAUAGACUGAUGGUGACACCUUACUAUUUAAUUUCAGCAGGUAAUACAAAGCCAUGGUCUUUUUCUCAUAUGGUUAUGAAUUGAAUAGGCAUGCCUUUUCUGAUAAAAUACAUACGAAUUAUCAUAUGAAAUUCUUUACCUUUUCUGUCAAUGUAUUGCAGCCUCACCUAUCUGGAUGUUGAUCCAGCAGAUCCAAGAUCACCUUCACUCUCGCUGUGCUCGGACGUGACUUAACUUGUGUGGCCUUAUCAAUGGCAAUUGGCCUACCAACUGCAGCUGCGAUGGACAUUAAAGGUUUGCUUGCAAACAAGUCAGGUGACAGAUUUGGAAGCGAUGGACAUGCAUGUUAUUGAUUUCUAUCUAAUUACUUAUUUUAUUUUGAGUUUGUAGGAAAAUUCUGGUGAGCAAAUUGGAAAUGGUAGCCACAAGGCAAUGUGAUUUGUUGGAGUUUAAUGAUGAAGACCUUGGACAAUUAUAAUUUUUGUUAUUCCUAAUACUAUAAUAAUUACGACUGCUUUUGUAAGUUAAUUGUUAGCAUGUACAUUGAAGCAAUUUGCUUUAUUCGGUGAUGUAUUACACACAAGAUUUAUUCAUUUUUGAAGUUAAUUGCAAGUAUAUGCAUUU